AAAAAACCAAACUCUCAGUCUCACCUUGGUUGCCAUCACAUUGGGGCACAGAUCCACACCUCGGCCGAGUCCAUCAUGGGAGACAACCUUCCGCCUAAAUCUGUCACGUCCCCUUCGUCCCUGGAUGAGUACCGUCGUGCGUCUGUCCAUCAGAGCUUCUCAGCUCGACCUACAGAUGUAACCACCCAGCCGAGUCCAUCCACAGGUGUGCCGCCGCGCCGCCAUUCCGCAUUGCCCCCCAACUCCAUGAGCAUGGGCCCUAGUUCGGCUCCGUCGCUGGCCGGCGCGAACAAUGCACCGCCGUCGAAUCCCCUCCCGAAAAGCACCAGUUCCCGACGCAGCUUUGCCUUCUUCGGGUUCGGCGACAAGGCACCGAGUAGUCACUCGUUCGUGGCAUCGCAUCCCCCGCCCAUCAUCUCCAACACGGGGUCCACUGUCGACUCGUUGGCAGAUUCAUCGUUGAACUCGUCAAACUCUUCCUUCUCCAUGUCUACACUGCCCGCGAGCAUGGAUUCCAGCGCACCUUCAGGCAUCCUCGCCAGCGGAUACCUCACAAAGCGAGGCCAUGUUGUGACGAACUGGAAGACGCGGUUCUUCGUGUUGCGAGCCGGUGGACGGCUAAGCUAUUACGCAGACGAAGGCAUGAAGAAGAAGCUGGGCGAGGUGCAUCUGGAGAAAGUCAGUCCAUGGAGCGGCGAAGCCAACGGGUUUAUGUUUUACACAAACAAACAAAUCGCCUACUACGUGUACGCCAGCACCAACAGCGAGCGGCGGCGGUGGCUGGACGCGCUCUCGGACUUUUACGUCGAGCCCGACGCCGUCGAUUGCGAAGGCUACCUCACGAAACGAGGCCACUUGGUGCCGAGCUACCGCAUGCGGUACUUUGUCCUGUGUGGGUCCACGAUCAAAUACUACGCCGACGAGACUGCGUAUCGGUCGGGAGCGUCCGCGUUAGCCGAGAUGGAAGUGCGCAGCGGGGGCCGAUGGGACGGCGAGUCCACGGGGCUGUUCCUGAAAACGUCCACGGGCAGUACGCUGUUUGUAUGCGCCGAGAACGUGCCGGAGCUGCAGAAGUGGCUCGAGGCUCUGGCCAGAGUCGCUACGGACAAGCCCAUGCAGCCCAUCGCGUGCGCCGGCUGGCUGACCAAGCAAGGCCACAAGCGCAAGAGCUGGAAAAAGCGCUACUUUGUUCUACGGGGAAAUACGCUGGCGUAUUACACAGACUUUGACGCAUCCAACCUCCGACAUGGCAAGCCCCUGGGCGAAGUCACGGUGCGCGAAGUGUCGGCGUGGGACGGCGAGCCGAGCGGCUUCAUGUUUAUCACGAAUGACAGCGUGCCGUACUACGUGUUUGCCGACAACGACCGCGACCAGGCGAAAUGGCUCGCGGCGCUGCGCAAGUUGUUCGAGUCUGCCACGUCCAUGGAAGAGCCAGACAAGACAUGCCCACGGUGCGCGUACGUACUGACGGGCUCGCGCUUUUGCGGCGCCUGUGGCUUCAACCUCCGCGGGACGUCCAACGAACGGUCGCGCCAGGCGUCGCAGCCGCUGGUCGUGCCUUCCGACGACUUUGACAAUGACGACGAAAACUCGGCCAUGGACGACCUCGACGCGCUGUCGGAAGGCGCACGGACGCUGCUUCUCGCGGUGAUGCAGAACCCCAGCAUUCAACUGGGAGACCAACGCAACACCAACAACAGUAGCAACCCGAACCUGGUUGGCGCGCUCGAGCAAGAGAUCAUGGACGCGCUUGAAAUGGACGACGACGAAGACGUUGUCGGCAAGCAAGACAAGGAGGUGACGCCGCCCGCGGCAGCUGGUCCGUCUUCCCCCGUUGUCACCACUUUGACGCCCGCACCGUCCAUACCACCGACGACGACAGAAGCAGCAUCUCCAGCCGCGACAGGAGCAGCCGACUCGCCAUCUCAACCGGCGGCAGCGCCAGGAUCUGUCAAGAGCGAAGCGUCAUCAUCGACGACGAGCAACGAGUCGGCCAAGUCCGCUCCCCGCGUUUCGUCCCCGCCUCCUCCAGCGCCGCGCCAAUCGACGUCGGCGCGCAAGGACUUUGUCGUACCAGCCAGCACCACCAACGACACGAGUUUUAGCUCGUUUGGGUCGGAUGUGGAUCGUCCGAUUGUCAGAGCUCCGGGGCCGUUUGGCAAGGCACAGCAACAGACGAUCGCCGACCUCUUGCACGACUCUAGCGACGAGGAAAAGGACGACGACAAGGACGAGAAGGCGGCGGCGGCAACAAGACGGUCGCAGUUGUUUGAGCUCAAGGGCUCGGCGCGGCAGUUUGACACGCUCCCACCAAACGAUGACGCACAUUUGAACUCGCCGCAGGUGGAUGCGUCACCCCGGCCCAGCAUGGACGACUCGUUGGUGCUUGUCGGUGUCGCCGGUCUGAAGGAGGACACCGCAACGGCGGUGGUGGCCCCCGCCGUGUCCAAGCCAGACCCCCAGAAAGACUUGUAUAUGUUUAUGGAACGCGAGAUGCAGUUCACACCGCUGUUUGUGCCGUCGGCGGACGCGCCGGUGCGCUGUCGCUUGUACGCGUCGAUGGCGUACUCGACGUCCAAGAAGAUCCUGCUGUUUUUGACCGACUCUGGGCCGCUGGGGCUAUGGAAAGAUGACGCGACGACCAGUGACGCGCCCGUGGAUGUCCACCAUCCGUUUGCGAUGCUGCCGUACUUGCACCGCGCCCAGCAGGAAGGCUUCAGCCUCAUCGUGUGCAAUCCGUUCUCGAAUAGCGCCAAGGUGUUUGAGCAAGGCGGCGUCGAGCGCGUGGUGCCCAUCCCACAGUCGGCCACGCCCAAGGAGCACCUGUUUUUUGUAUGGGAAACGUUUGUCAUGCCGACCAAAGCCGAGAUUUCCGUCGUCGCGUACCACCGCGGCGGGGCGUUGGCCGUGUCCCUCCUCGACAAGUUUGAAGACGCGCGCCGCAAGAUCUUUCGGAUUGCGUUUAUCGAGUCCAAGCACAUUGUCAACAGGGACACACUGGGCGCAUCCGUGCUGGAAUUCCUCGGCCGUCGCACGAUUCAAUGGGAGGCGUCGGUGGAUCAGCCCGCGGGCGGCCAGAUCGUCGACGCCCAGGAGCGCGUCGGGUGCGUGUGUCUGUCGCUGGGCGCGACCGACAAUGGCGACGUCGGGGUACUGGACAAGGCGGAAGACGCCGUGUUUGCGUUUCUGAUGGCGAACCCGACGCGCCCGGGCAUGACGGCCAUUGUCAAGCAAGUGCGCAGUGCGUUGCGCAUCAGUCGACGGGGGGCAGGCGGCAGCACCCGUCCCCCCGUGGAAAAGUCUACGAUGGCCCGUGGCAACUCGAAUGUGUUUGUGCUGGGCGAAGCCGACGGAGGCCAUCAACACAACCACAGCGACAGUGCCAUCCCCGCCGCCGACUCGCCCUCUCCAGACAAGCCAUCGCCCCAGUACUACAUGCCAAAGCACGUGGCGACGGCACGACCGACGACGACGCAGCCGCCGUCUGUGCAAACCAUCUCCAUGAAGGACUUUGAACUGGUCAAAGUGGUGGGCCAAGGCGGGUUUGGCAAGGUCUUUCUCGCGCAAAAGGUGACGGAGCCGCGCAAGGGUGAGUCGUUCGCGAUGAAAGUACUCAAGAAGCAGCACGUGCUGUCGUCGGGGCUGGUCAACACGACCAUGGCGGAGCGUCGCAUCCUCACCGAGAUCACGCACCCGUUCGUGGUCAAGCUGUACUAUGCGUUCCAGAGCGAGACCAAGCUGCACCUAGUUAUGGACUACCUCAGCGGCGGGUCCCUGGCCAUGCACCUCCGCCGCCGCCGCAAAUUCCCCGAAGACUGGGCGCGAUUUUACGCGGCCGAGGUGUCGGCGGCCAUCGCGCAUUUGCAUCACGUUAACAUCAUCUACCGAGACGCCAAGCUUGAGAACGUGCUCAUGGACAGCGACGGCCACGUCCGGAUUACUGACUUUGGCUUGUCCAAGCAGGGCGUGUCGGGGCUCCAGGGUGCGACGACGUUCUGCGGCACGGCGGCGUACAUCGCGCCUGAGUUGCUCAAGGGGCAGACGUACGGCAAGGCGGCCGACUGGUGGUCGUUUGGCAUUUUGCUCUACGAAAUGAUUGGCGGCAAACCCCCGUACUACCACCGCAACCGCGAUAUUAUGUUUCAGACGAUCCUCAAGCAGGAAUGGGUGACGUUUUCGCCCGACUUUUCAGACGCGGCCGUGUCGUUGAUUCGAGGGCUGCUGACGAGGGACCCGAUGCAGCGCCUGGGCAGCGGCCCCCGCGGCGCGGACGAGGUGCUGACCCAUCCGUUCUUUGACGCGAUCGACUGGGGCGAGCUGCUGUCGAAGCGCAUUCCGCCGCCAUUCAACCCCGGCGUGGGCAAGCUGGACACGGUGUACGUGGCGCAGAACCUGCAAGAGAUCACGGCCCAGGAUCGCCAAGUCAGCGUCAUGCGCGUCAACGAGCACGGUCCGGCGCGGCACAAUGAUUUCGACGGGUUUAGCUUUGUCGGCCGGUCGACGUCCGCCGUGAGUUUGAACUAAAAUACAACACCCAUCGAUGUCGUGGUCUGGUACUACUGCAUCACAAUGUGCGCGGAAGAAUGAGCUCUACAGUACGGUACAUCAUGUCCGGGAAAUGGUGCAGGCAACGAGUAGAGGCAAUUGCGCAACAGGCCUG